AUGGGGAGAGCUCCAUGCUGCGAUAAGGCAAAUGUGAAGAAAGGGCCAUGGUCUCCUGAAGAAGAUGCCAAGCUCAAAUCCUACAUCGACCAGUACGGCACCGGCGGCAACUGGAUUGCACUCCCUCAAAAGAUUGGGUUGAAGAGGUGUGGGAAGAGUUGCAGGCUGAGGUGGCUGAAUUACCUGAGGCCAAACAUCAAGCAUGGUGGAUUCUCUGAGGAAGAGGACAACAUCAUCUGCAGCCUCUACAUCAGUAUUGGAAGCAGUCGUGUAAUUCAUCAUCGUUUUGUUAGGUGGUCGAUCAUCGCGGCUCAACUUCCAGGGAGAACAGACAACGACAUCAAAAACUACUGGAACACAAGGCUGAAGAAGAAGCUUCUAGGCAGAAGGAAGCAGCAACAACAACUCCACCACCAACAUCAACAAUCUCCUGAUCAUCAGGGCUCUCAGGCCGCCGCAGCCGCCACCACCGUGGAACAUGACCAUCACCACCAUCAAGAUCAUCAGCAAAGUCCAACAUCAACAUCUAAUGGUCUGAGCAACUCAGCUCUAGAAAGGCUGCAGCUCCACAUGAAGCUCCAAACCCUAAACCAAAACCCAUUGCUCCACAACAUGCUUUGGCCAAAGCUCCACCCUUUCCAAGAGAAGUUACUCCUCCAAGCCAUGAAUGAUGAGAACAGCAACAACAACAUUAUGCAAUUGCCUCUCUUGCCACAGCCAAUAAUGAUGGAAUCUCCAUUAAGCAAUAUUGGAAAGGAGAUAAUGAUCAACCCUACUAAUAUUGCUAGUGAGACCAUGGCCAUGACUGCAACUACUUCAUCCAAUACCACGACUACAACUACGACUACGACGACUAAUGGAAUAUUGGAUCACUCAAAUUGCUCUCCUAGUAUGAUGAACAAUAACAAUAUUAAUGUCUCGAGCUAUGGUGGUGCUUUCCAAUUAGGUGGUGGUGAUUUCAUGAUGGGGAACUUGGACAAUGGUACUACUAGCAGCCUGGUGUGGUGGUCGAAUGAGUUUGAGACGAAUGAUGUGAACUAUGAUAGGUCUGGAUCGUUUUCAUCGUCGUCGAAUGAUUCGAGCUGGGAUUGUGCUCUUCGAUCUUCUGAUGAUGCGGGUUUGUUCUGA